CUCAUCUUGGAGACACCCCGAGCAACCCAGGGAGACCGAAUCUCUCAUUCCUGAUUGUUGGUGGAAAUUCGACCCCUAGGCAAGCACAUCAACAGGGCACAUUGACCGCUUCUUCCCCCAGAUAUCCCCGAGACCAACCGGUUAUUUUGCACAACACCUCAAGACACCCAUUGGGAACGACUCGCAAUAACAAGAUUCAAUAUGGCGCCUCAGACUUCUAUUCCACCUGCGGCAAAUGUGCUUGGUACAAUCGGCACGGUUUUCUGGUGCGUCCAGCUCCUUCCUCAGAUAUAUCGAAGCUACCGCACCAAGUCGACCGAAGGAGUACCGCCUGCCAUGAUGUUCCUGUGGUCGGCCAGCGGGGUGCCAUUCGGGGCUUAUGCAAUCGUUCAAAACUUCAACAUCCCCAUCCAGAUCCAGCCACAGUGUUUUUGUCUUUUCUGCCUUGUCAAUUGGGGUCAAUGCAUGUACUACUCGAGCAAAUGGAAGGCAAGGAACGUCUUCCUGAUCUGUACGGCCAUCCUUGUGCUCGACGGAGGUCUUCAAGGACUUCUCGUCUGGCUCCUUCGCAAGGCCUACUACGAAAAGAAUCUGGAAUGGCCCUUGACAUUGAUAGGCGCACUAGCUUUCAUCCUUCUUAUCUCGGGAUAUAUUCCCAUACCUUUCGAGUUGAUCAAGCGAAGAGGAAGGGUGGUUGGCAUUGACUUUCUGUUCCUCAUUAUCGACUGGUUUGGAGCAUUUUUCUCCUUGAUGUCACUGGUGGCCCAAAAUACUUUCGAUCCUUUAUUCGGGACAUUGUACGCUUUGUGCGCGUUCCUGGAGAUGUCUAUGUUCGUCUCCCAUGGUAUCUGGCUCCUUCGGACUCGCCGUGUGCGGAUGAAAUGCAAGGAAGCUGGCUUGGAAUUCGACUCGCAUCCGGAAGCCCUGGAGUGGCAGAACAACGGAUUCAGAUUCCCUUGGAACCGCACGGCACCGGUUUCUAAAGAUCAGGAAUCGAGUCCUGAUGUUGUCGUGUCCGAGCCCACUCAGAAAAUUGCCUCGACUGCAACUGAGGACUGUGUAUAA